AUGGCAGCUCUUACUAGAUAUGCGAUCGCGAAUUACAAGUAUAGGGAAGUUUUAAACAAGAAGAGCUGUAAAUUUGUGUUUAGAAGAAAGAAGCUUAUGGGAUUCUUUGGUCAAGAUUGUGUAAUAUGCUUAUCAGAAUUUGAGUAUGGAGACAAGGGGAGAAAGCUGGAAACUUGUAAGCAUAUGUUCCACGAAAACUGCUUGGAGAAAUGGCUAUUAAUGCAGAAGGAUGGAAAAGCAACUUGUCCACUUUGUAGGACUGUGAUUAUAUCAGAGGAAAUAGUGGAAGAGUAUCGAAAAGUAGAAGAUGAAGGAAAAAGAGAUUAUAGCUUUGAGAAAGAGCUAGCUCUUCUCUUGCUAUCUGGCUUGAACAGAGGAUAUUGCCAUCACAGUUUUUCCAAUUUUUGGGUUUUCCUUCUGAAGUAG